AUGCCUUACUCAGCAGUCUUCUUUCUCCCAAAACAAAAGCCAAUUUUGAAUUUGACCCUUUUUUGUUUAACAAUGGCACCCUCAUUCUCCUCUAUGGCUGUCUUUCUCUCCACCUUCAUAUUCUGCUUUGCCAUUCUUCUUCACUCCUUGUCUUUGGGAGCUGAAGCUCGUAUUUCACCCGUUUCUUCUCUCGUUAGCCAACAACUUUUUGAUUCCAUUUUCCUACACAAAGAUAACGCUGCAUGCCCCGCUAAAAACUUCUACAACUAUGAUUCCUUCAUCAUGGCAUCCAAAAGCUUCCCUCAAUUUGGUUCUAGUGGUAGUUUAGUCACACGCAAACGUGAGAUUGCUGCGUUUCUUGCUCAAAUUUCGCAUGAAACCACAGGUGGGUGGGCUACUGCACCUGAUGGACCCUAUGCUUGGGGAUUGUGUUUCAAGGAAGAAGUUAGUCCACAAAGUGACUAUUGUGAUUCCACCAACCAACAAUGGCCUUGUUACCCAGGAAAAACUUACAAAGGCAGAGGACCAAUUCAACUUUCAUGGAACUACAACUAUGGGCCAGCAGGGAAGGCCUUGGGAUUUGAUGGAUUGAGGAACCCUGAUGUGGUGUCAAACAAUUCAUUGAUUGCCUUUAAAACAGCUCUAUGGUUUUGGAUGACAGAGCAAAAGCCAAAACCUUCUUGUCACAAUGUGAUGAUUGGAAAAUAUGUGCCAACUCAAGCUGACAUAGCAGCUAAUCGAACUGCAGGGUAUGGCCUAGUCACUAACAUCAUCAAUGGUGGACUUGAAUGUGGAAUUCCUGAUGAUUCAAGGGCUAAUGAUCGUAUUGGAUACUUCAAAAGAUAUGCAACCUUGUUUAACGUAGACACAGGACCUAGCUUGGAUUGUGCAUAUCAGAAAUCAUUUUAA